CUCACCCAGAAUAAGCUCAUUAAGAUAAUGUAUGCAUGUUACUUGAGCACACUCAAGGCUUUGAAUAAUUGGCAUCCCUGCAGCGCUGCGACCACCGCGCCACGUGAACGCGCACGUCUUGUAAACGGGUGCUACGUGCGGGGGUUCAGUCACCGAGUCACAAAAGCAGCAAGUCUGCAAUGAGGUGGCCGCACAACUUCUGCACCGACACCAACAAACGACCUCAGGAGCGGCCCGGUGAAGAGGCAGAACAGAGGGAAACCCGGAACAGACUGUUUAACUCUCGCAUGUUUGGACGAGAAGAAAGUUCAGUGAUAUUUUAAUAAGUGGCUCAAAGAAAAGUGUCAAUUAAGGAUUUGCUCACUUUUCAGUUUGGCGACUUGUUGCUCAGAACGGUGUGGAUGGUGGGAAGAUGACGGUCACAUAACGUGUUUGGGUCAAUUCGCUGAGCUUCUCUGUCAGUAACUUAUGAAUGAAGAGUCUCUAACCAGGACUGACACGCUCCGGCGCCCGGGAGCUGAAGCCCACAGGACGCAGGGAACCGUGAACCCCAGCGGCUUGUCGGGAUGGUGUGCCUGCUGAACUGCCUACUGCUGGGAUAUCUGACCUGGAAUCUGCGGAUAUCGGACGCACAGGGGGAAUACUGCCACGGCUGGCUGGACGCUAAUGGGAAUUAUCAUGAUGGCUUCCAGUGUCCGGAGGACUUUGACACCAUGGACGCCACCGUGUGCUGCGGAUCCUGCUCGCUGCGCUACUGCUGCGCGGCCGCGGACGCACGGCUGGACCAGGGCAGCUGCACCAACGACCGGGAGGUGGACAACACAGAGUUUGCAGCGCAGCCCAUCUACGUGCCCUUCCUGAUGGUUGGAAGCAUCUUUGUUGCCUUCGUCGUGGUCGGUUCCCUGGUGGCUGUCUACUGCUGCACCUGCCUGCGGCCCAAGCAGCCGACCCAGCAGCCCAUUCGCUUCUCCCUGCGCAGCUGCCAGGGCGAAACCAUCCCUAUGAUCCUCACCACCGCUCCCCCGAGCCUCCGCUCCCCGUCGCGACAGUCCAGCACAGCCACCACCAGCUCCAGCUCGGCCGGAGGCGGCAGCUCCAUGCGAAGGUUUUCUCUUGGAGGUCAGGGGCAGCAGCACGGCUGCCUGGUGUCUGCCACCAUUUCCUCCUCAGCCUCCACCCCCACCCAGACCCCUCAGACUUUGCCCCCGCCUCCACCUCCACCCUACACAUCCCCACCAGCACCAAUGUCAGGAGGAAUCCAACACCCCUCCACCCAUGCCCAGCUACAGCUCCACCAGCCCUCCAUGGCCUCUCACCACUCUCAGAGCGCCGGGUUUCUUCUCCCACAGCAGUACUUCUUCCCCCUGCAGGCCGACGCCUUCACAGCGGCCAAGGGCUUCACCGACUUCGGACAGAGCUGACGAGGAAAUGGAGGGAUUACAAGAUUUUUAGAUGGCAGGAUGUGAGCCCGCGAGGACAUACCUACUGCAACAAAAGCUGGUGGUGUUUGGGUGGAAGGGCUGGGUCAGAUGAACGGACACAGGGAGUGCGACAGGAGGACGAGGGAUAACAAAGCAGCGAGGCCUGAUGCGUUUCCCUCUCUGCAUCACAGGGCACAUCAGCAGACAUGUUAGAGGCAGAAAUAGUUAUGAAUCUUGUGCACUUUUAUCUGAUAUUGUAAACACACCUCAUUGGCCAACAUUUAUUUUUUAUACAUGUUGUUUUUCAAAGUGAAAGCUUACAGAACAGACUAAAGUCUUGCCAAUUUAUCACACACCUUCCUUAAAAAGAAAAAACAGAAAUACAGUAGAGGCAGAUGGCACUGAAACUGUCACUCUGAGACUCUGAGCAUUGUUACAUUAUUAGAAAUAGAUGUUGGAAACCAGGGAAAUAUUGUGUUUUUUGACAAUCGCAAGGACCUUUGAAAGAGGACACAAAGGACAUUUUAUGUUGGAGGAAACUGACUUUUAUAAGAUGUUGUACAGGCAUUAUACUCACAGCAGGGUUGUCAGAUUGAUUCCCUAAUUUACAGUAAAUAAAAUGUUGUCUCUACCUACCUUUGUGCACUGGUAAAUGUAAAGAAAAAUCUGUUAAAUGACAUUUUUGACAAUUGAACAAAAAAAAAGCGUGUGGUCUGAAAGAAGCCCUCAUCAUCGCUCAGACAAAAAGGAAACCGGAGCGGUCGGGUCUGCACAGCAUCUCCCUACCUGCCGCACAUUCUUGCGCCAGACUUCACAGCAGGAAUGCAGCGCUGAGAUCAGUCAUUGUCAGUGUUCAAUGAGCAUGGCAUGGUCACAGUGUUAAAAACAACUCGCCCCAGAAAUAAAGGUUUAGGUUGCACCAACAGGUAUGAAAAAAUCUGAACAAAGACUGUUCUGUUCUCCGGUUAUCUGACUGUGAAAUAGACUUGGCAAUGAGUGUCUUGUGGAAAUGGUUCAGUUUGCUGGCUGUGCUGUUAUCACUGGACUCUUCUAUCACCAACAC